UAGGUUUUACUUUGAUUGUCUCUGUUUAUUUCAUCCAUUCAUGAUCACAAUUAUCUCCCAAAUGGGUUCUCCCAUAACAUUCUCAUGAAGCUCCAUCCAUGGAGGUAGGUAAGGAAAACCUCAUUCGCAGUACCUUAAGUGUUGCAACCAAUUCGCUUGGAGAGCCUUUCAUAUGUCAUAGCACAGCUAAUCAAAUCAGCUCCAAGGGAAUCUGGUUUGGAGAUGACCCACUUUUAUAUUCUCUCCCCAUUUUCUUGCUCCAACUUUUUCUCAUGUUCAUCUUCACCCAUUUCUUUUACAUUAUUCUCAAGCCUUUUGGUCAACCGGCUGUUGUUUCUCAAAUUCUUGGUGGUAUGACUUUAGGUCCUUCUAUUCUUGGACACAGUGCAACAUUUUCUGAGAAGGUUUUCCCAUUAAAAGAGAGAAGUGUGCUUGAUACAAUGACUUUUUUUGGAUUUAUGUUAUUCAUCUUCUUAAGUGGGGUAAAGAUAGAUCCAACCAUCACUUUUAGAUUAGGUAGAAGGAAUUGUGUUAUAGGAAUUGCAGGCUAUUUUGUUCCUUACAUUCUUGCCAAAGUGGUUUUCUGUAUCCUCAACCAUUCCUUAUCAUUUGAUAGUGAUACUUAUAGGAUGCUCUAUGUUGUGAUAGAACUUCAAUGUAUUGCAGCCUUUCCGGUAAUCACUCGCUUUCUUUCUGAACUUCAGAUCCUCAAUUCAGAGAUUGGGAGGAUGGCCGCUUCUUCUUCAUUAGUGGCUGAGGCUUGCUUCAUUGUAAACAUGACAUUAACAUUUUUUAUUAAGUUAUCUUUAACAAAGUCAAUAGUAGUAUCUAUUGGAUCUUUCUUGUCCUCCCUUGUACUUUUUUUGUUCGUCAUAUAUGUAGUUCACCCUGCUGCAUUAUGGGCAAUUCAACAAUCACCAGAAGGAAAACCUGUUGAAGAAAUUUACAUUUGUGCAGUUCUUGUAACACUAAUGAUUUGUGGACUCCUAGGUGAAAUCAUUGGCAUAAAUGCACUUGUUGUGUCUUUCUUUAUUGGGCUAGCUAUACCAGAUGGUCCGCCCUUGGGAGCAGCAUUGGUAGACAAGCUUGAUUGCUUUGUUUCUGUAGUGUGCAUACCUAUGCUUUUUAUCAUAGUUGGAUUAAGGACAAAUGUCUAUGCCAUACAGACCAAGAGGAACAUACUUGGAAUUCAAUUAAUCAUUUGCACUAUUUUUUGUGGCAAAAUUUUAGGGGCUUUGUUGCCUCUCCUUUACCUUAGGAUGCCAAUUCGAGAUGCCUUUGCUCUUGGUUUUAUAAUGAACAUCAAAGGCACGGUUGAAAUGGCCUUGUUGAUUACAUUGAAAUUGAAAGAUGUGGUGAAUGAUGAAUGCUUUACAAUUAUGGUUCUAAAUUUGCUUUUUGUAAGCGGGAUUGUUUCCCCUAUUGUAAAAAGUCUAUAUGAUCCUUCAAGGAGAUUUCUUGCUUACAAAAGGAGGACACUUAUGCAUCACAACAAUGAUGAACAGUUGCGCAUACUAGCUUGCAUUCAUAAACAAGAAAAUGUUCUGGGUAUUUUAAACCUCCUUUCUGCUUCCAAUCCCACUAAAGAAAGCCCUAUUGAUUUAGUUGUGCUCCAACUUAUUAAGCUUGUGGGGCGAUCUUCCUCUGUUCUUGUUGCACAUGUGCCGUGUAAGAAGUUCGGGGAACUUCCUACUUUAAGUGAACAGAUUUUUAACUCAUUCGACAAGUUUGAAGAUGCAUACAAGGGCAAGAUCACCAUACAUAGCUAUAAAGGCAUUUCUCCCUAUGCUACAAUGCAUAAUGAUGUGUGCUACUUGGCACUUGAAAAGAGAACAACUUUUAUUAUAUUACCCUUUCAUAAGCGAUGGAUAUUUGGAAGGACAACUGAGUCGUCUUUUCCUUUUCAGCAAAUUAACAAACAUGUUUUAGAGAAGGCUCCUUGCUCAGUUGGUGUCCUUAUUGAUCGUGGCAAUCAGAAGAUGUUUUGGUGUGGCCACACAAAGGAAUCAACCUAUCACGUGGCUGUGUUUUUCUUUGGGGGUGCAGAUGAUCGAGAAACACUUGCAUAUGCAAAGCGUAUGUUGGAUCAACCUUAUGUCUACAUUACGCUUUUUCAUUUUUCAUCUUCAACUGACAUUGUUGGAGGAACAGAAAGAAGCAAAAUGCUUGACACAGAAAUCUUAAGUGAAUUUAGGCUUAAGGCCUUCCGAAAUGAGAGAGUUUCUUUCAAAGAUGAGAUGAUAACGACUGGAAGAGAUUUACUUUCAGUUGUUGAAUACAUGGAGAGUUAUUAUGACCUUGUCCUGGUUGGGAGGAAGCAUGGUGAUUCAAAAGUAAUGUCAGAACUUAACAAAUGGAAGAAUGGGGAAUUGGGAGUUGUUGGAGAGAUUCUUGUCUCUUUAAAUGUUGGAGCCCAAACAUCUAUUUUAGUGGUGCAACAACAAACCAGAUAUUGGGGAUCACGUAAUCCAGAGGACUCUAUAAGAAAAGUAUAAGUAUAGCAAAAUUUAGGAUUUGACAGAAACAAUUAUGCAUAUACCUCAUGUACCUUUGAUAUAAAUUUGUAUACUUCCAAUUUUGAUUUUACCCUUCGUUUUGUAUUUUC